AGUUUUUCACGGUUGGUGGCACAGAGCACGCUGGGUGGAAAGGUUGGUAGGUAGUGGACAGGUGGGUUGCAAGCCGCCCGGCUGUGAGAAAGCCAGGCAGGAGGAGGCGCAGCAGCACUAGCCGCGGUAUAAAACAUCCAAGCGCUCCUCCAUCGUCGCCACCGCUCCGGUUUGCCUCCCGCGCGAGCCCUCGUCGACGCCGCCGGUAUAUUGCUGAAGGAAGAAGAGCACCAACCUAUUUAUCAUGUCAGGAGGAUCUUCACCAAGGUCAAGACGAAGCAGCUUUAAUUCUUUAUCAAGAGAUCUCGAACUCCCUUCAGAGCAAGGUUGUCUCUCUGUUAUUGUCCUCGGGGCUUCUGGAGACCUAGCCAAGAAGAAAACUUUCCCGGCACUCUUCCAUCUUUUUGCACAGGGAUUUAUACAAUCAGGUGAAGUGCAUAUAUUUGGGUAUGCGAGAUCAAACCUUUCUGAUGAUGGGUUAAGGGAACGCAUUCGUGGAUACCUCAAAGGAGCCUCAGAAGAACAUCUCUCAGACUUUUUGCAACAUAUAAAAUAUGUCAGUGGUUCCUAUGACAGCGGAGAAGGAUUUGAGAAAUUGAACAAGGAAAUUUCAGAGUAUGAGAAGUCAAACAAAUCAGAAAGCCCUCGCAGGCUCUUCUAUUUGGCAUUGCCUCCAUCUGUCUACCCUUCAGUCUGCAAAAUGAUCAGAACAUAUUGCAUGAAUCCAUCUGGAUGGACUAGAGUCAUUGUUGAGAAGCCAUUUGGAAAGGACUUGGACUCUGCAGAAGAAUUAAGUGCCCAACUUGGGGAGCUAUUUGACGAAAACCAACUCUACAGAAUUGAUCACUACUUGGGAAAAGAGUUGGUCCAAAACCUGCUUGUGCUUCGUUUUGCCAACCGCUUGUUCUUGCCUCUUUGGAACCGUGACAAUAUUGAUAAUAUACAGAUUGUAUUCAGGGAGGACUUUGGGACUGACGGGCGUGGUGGAUAUUUUGAUCAAUAUGGAAUCAUUCGUGACAUCAUCCAGAACCAUUUGUUACAGGUUUUCUGUUUGGUUGCAAUGGAAAAGCCUGUCUCUCUUAAGCCUGAGCACAUUAGAGAUGAGAAAGUCAAGGUUCUGCAGUCCGUGAACCCUAUAAAGCAUGAUGAGGUUGUCCUUGGACAAUACGAGGGGUACAAGGAUGACCCUACAGUGCCAGAUGACUCAAACACCCCAACUUUUGCAUCUGUCGUGCUUCGGGUACACAAUGAAAGAUGGGAGGGUGUUCCUUUCAUUCUUAAAGCUGGUAAAGCACUAAGCUCAAGGAAAGCAGAAGUCCGUGUGCAGUUCAAAGAUGUUCCUGGUGACAUCUUUAAAUGUAAAAGGCAAGGAAGAAAUGAGUUUGUCAUACGCCUUCAGCCAUCAGAAGCCAUGUACAUGAAACUUACUGUCAAAAAACCUGGAUUGGAGAUGGCCACCGAGCAGAGUGAACUUGAUCUGUCAUACGGGAUGCGGUACCAAAACGUCAAAAUUCCAGAGGCAUACGAGCGUCUCAUAUUGGAUACGAUACGAGGAGACCAACAGCACUUCGUUCGCCGAGAUGAGCUGAAGGCUGCUUGGCAGAUCUUCACUCCCCUGCUGCACGACAUCGACGAAGGCAAGGUGAAGUCUAUUCCAUACCAGCCUGGCAGCCGAGGCCCCAAGGAAGCCGAUGAACUGAGCGAGAGGGUUGGGUAUAUGCAGACCCACGGUUACAUAUGGAUACCACCCACCCUUGCAUAGACAGACAGACAGACAGACAGUAGUAUUGUUUAGCUAGGAAGAGUGCCUCUAAACUGUUAUUAUUGCGGAUAUAUUCGUUUCAUAUUUUCACGAUAACGCCUGACUAGUGACUACCUGGCGUUGUAAUAAUGUGUUGCUUCGUAAGUAUAACUGCUAUUGUGAAAUAAAAGUGCAUGUUUCGAUCGAUGAACAGUGUCAGGUUUUGGGCAUUGUAGAUACACUGAUGAUGAAUGGAUGGCUGCCAACAUUGUUGUUU